UGUAGUAUUUUGAUUAUUUAUCACACAAAUAAUGUCUAUUUACAAUUGCAAAUCGUAACCCAUUGAGCGAUGGAAAGCACCGGCUUCAACGAUGGCCAACUCGCAGCGUCGUCGUCGUCUGCUUCCUCCAGUGUUACGGUGCUCCAGUAUUUGUUGCAAACCUCCGUCGACGGUACUCCGGCUGGCCGAACGGUUCAGAUUUAUGCUUGUUCACAACCUGGAUGUAAAAAGCAGUACCUGAACGAGGGACACCUAAAGGCGCACGAAAAGUUCCACUCCAAUGUUCCACCGGUGCGGUUAUGCGACUCCCCGCCGGUGGACAACCUACCAAGCGAACGCAGCGGACUACAGUUUCUGCUGGAAAACGAGCAUAUGGAGUUGUUAUACGAAACGAAGGACGAUGAGGGGGACGAAUGGUGCUAUGAAGAAACCCUAGAGGAAGAAUUCAUUGACGUGAAUGAUUUUUUGUGCGGUUCCGAAGAACAGGCGGUUGAGGAUGACCGCUUGCUGUUGGAAAACGAAGACGAGCUCGGAGUCGAACAACUAGACAUUUUAGGCACACCGAAGGAACAGAAAGUAUCCUCCUUACGAACACGGAACUACGCCUGCCAGUGGCCCGGAUGCCGGCACACGUACAUAAAGUCUUCCCACCUCAAGGUGCACCUGCGGAAGCACACCGGAGAGUUGCUCUUCGCAUGCCACUGGCCCUCGUGCGAUAUGCGAUUCGCGCGUGCAGAAGUGUUGAAUCGCCACCUGCUGUCGCACACCUGUAAGCGAAAAUUCGACUGCCGGUGGUGCAGUUUUACGUUUUACCGGCGUGAUCACCUUCAGCAGCACCUGCGCCGACACAACAUGCCACACGAAGAGUGCCGACAGUUUAUGUCGGAGAUUGAGCCAACCCCAGCGAAACAGCAAUCACUUUUGCGAUGCAGAAACAAGGAAUCGAACCGUGCGGGCCAUGGCGCUGUGGAUCCUUCGAAUCGACCGCGCAACUUUCACUGUUCGUACGAAGGCUGCGAAAAGACGUACUUCCGCCAGAGUCACCUGAAGGCGCACGAAUUGCUGCACGAGGGAGCGCUACCGUUCCGCUGCCCGUGGGAAAACUGCGAGCAGGUUUUUGCGCGAUCGUUCGAGCUGUCCCGGCAUCGUCGGAAGCAUACCGGCGAGCGCAAGUUUGUGUGCCAUAUCUGUCAGCAGGCGUUUAUGCGUUCGGACCAUCUUUCGUGCCACGUUAAAAGGCACACGUUCGGGGCGCCUGCUGGCCAAUGACACGACACGAAGGACGAUCCGUAGAGCUCCAAAGUUCCUUCCACAUUAUUUUACUGAGUUAGGUUGUACGCAAAUAAUCAAACCCC